UUGCAAUUUCUAUUUGCAAUUUAAGUUUGCAAUUUGAAACUUAUUUAAGUUUUAUGAAGUAGUUAGAAACUUAGAAAUAGUUUUGUUCUCCCUUGAAACUUAGCUCUGAGGAUAUGUUGCUACUUGCUAGUGUUGCUGUAAAUAUGUUGCAAUGUAUGCCUAAUAUAGUUAAAUCUCAACUAGACUUCCUCAUGGACAGUUCGAUCUGUUAAGAGUAUUAUUUCUAUGUCAUUCCACAUUGCAGUGGCUGUUGAGAUCAGAUAUGGCCUCCCUUGUGUACAUACUCUAUAGUGUCUAUUAAAGAUACCAACAAGUUAGUCUAAAGCUAUUAAACUUUUGAUUAGUUUAUAAUGGCAUAGAUGCACUUCAAAUAUAAUGCUUUUGAAAUUUCCUGCACUGUUCCCUCUACUGUGUGUUAUUUAAUCCUGCUAGCUAUGAGAAUAUGUUGCUAGUAUUGCUGCAAUAUAGCCUGAUUGCUUAGAUAGAGAAGGUGGGAUUGACCCAUUCAAGAGAUUAGUGUUUAGAUCUAACCACAACAAGCUGCUACAAUCCCCCAGUUCAGCUGGGAUGUUCCCGGAGACUGAGUUCUUCCCUAGCUUCAAAAUGGCAAGAUUAGAUAAAUGGCCCAGUGAAGAUGGUAUCUCAAGAAAUUGUUUGACAAGGAAAUCCAAUUCAUAUUAGAACAAGCCCUCGGUAUAUUGAUUUCAACCUUUUUUGCAGGUCAAAUUUCUCUGCAGAAACACUAUGGCAUGGUGCUUGGCUUUUGCUUCAGCUGCUUCCUCACAGUGAUGCAAAUUUUAACAGUAAUCAUCACGAACUGCUUGAUUGCAGGCCAUUUGUAACAACUUCAAAAGCACUGCUGGAUCUAUUUUUGCAGAAUACAUAGGACAAUACAAGAUAAAGACAAUUGAGUUUGAGAAUCUUACCCUUGGAACUAUGAUCCUCCACCAAUAGUUUAAGACUUGAAGGUCUAAAAGUCUAUGAGACAACUAAGAAGGAACUAGUGUUGGAACCAGCCAUAAGAUGGGCUGCACUGGCAACUCAAAUAUUGUUGUGGCAAUAGCAUUUUUGGUGGAUAUUAUUACCAUUGAUUUCUCAGAGAAGUUGCUGUUUAGAUUGAAGCAGACCAUGGUUAAAGCGGCUAUCCAGCGUGGGGUGAAUUUUGAGAUAACUAACACAAGUUUUCUUAUCGAUGCUCAAGCAAGGAGGCAAAUGAUAUCUAUUGCCAAGCUAUUGGUGGAUUGGACACGAGGGAAGAAUAUUAGAAAGUGAUAGAUUUUACCUCUGCUCUGAAUGGUCUCCCUCGACAGGGUCUCCAGAUCAGAGGUGAUAUCUUCAAGGGAUUUAGAACCAAAGCUUCUGGAUGCUGCUCCUGACAGUGGAGUGCUUGAAAUGCAAUUAGAAAGUCACCUAGCUAAAUCUGAAGGACAAGAUGCCUUGCAAGGUGAUGCAACAAUUUACGCUUGCAGAGAGGAUGACAAAAGCUCUUGCGGUAAUGAAAUGCUUGGAUUGGAACUUCUUGGUGGUGAGUGGUGAUAUCAUGGCAAUUCCAGGCUUAUAUCAAUUAGUUCAUAGUAAUUCCAGGCUUAUAUUAAUUAGUCAGGUGUUAUAUAUAUUGAGGCAAAAUCAAUUCAAAUGCAAAAGACUUGCGGCGAAAUAGCCAACCGAUACAUUACUAUCUAUUUGCUAUAAUUAGAUUCUUUAUCUCUAGUCUUUGCAAAGUUGUAUGAAACAUUUCAUUUUGGUUGUGAUUAUGAAGUCUUUUAAUAUA